AUGAAGGAUAAGCCUUAUGCCUCAUUGGUAGGCAGCCUUAUGUAUGUGCAUGUCUGCACUAGACCUGACAUAGCCUACUCAGUUGGAAUACUUGGAAGAUUUCAAACUAAUCCUGGACAUGCACAUUGGGUUGUUGGGAAAAAGGUCUUAAGAUAUUUGCAGAAAACCAAGGAUUAUAUGCUAGUGUAUAAGAAGAUAGAUGGUCAAGAACUUGUUGUGUUUGGUUUCUCUGAUGUAGAUUUUGUGGGAAAGCAGAAGACUAGUAUCACUACAUCUACCAUGUAUGCUGAAUUUGUUGCUUUAUAUGAGGCAACUAUUCAUGGAGUGUGGCUUAGAAAUUUUAUUAGAGGCAUGAAAGCUAUAGAUACCAUACACAGACCCUUGCCAAUAUAUUGUGAUAACAGUGCUGCAGUGUUCUUUUCAAAGAACAAUAUGAGAUCUUCAAAAUCUAAAUUCGUGGAUCCAAAAUAUAUGUUGGUAAGAGAGAAAGUAAAGCUUGAUGAAAUUAGUGUAGAGCAUGUGUCUUCUGAGGAUAUGUUGGCUGAUCCAUUCACUAAACCAUUAUCUGUUGCAGUUUUUAAAGAACAUGUUAAGAAUAUGGGUUUAGUUGAGUUUUUAGAUGUUGUUUGA